GCGCGGCCGCGCGCGUCUGCACCGUGGAGCGCAGCCGAGUCCCGCGCUGUAUCCGCGCAUCCCGCAGCGUCCCGGUGCAGCCGCCCGGCCUCACCAUGCUCCCGCUGCUCGGGCUCUGCUUUGCGCUGCCGCUCUGCGCCGGGUUGCUGGAAGAGGCGACGAGCUGGGGGGACACAUCGGAUCAAGUUGGACUCAGGAUCCCAAGGCAAGUCAGGCUGUUGCAAAGGCUGAAAACCAAACCCCUGAUGACGGAGUUCUCGGUGAAGUCUACCAUCAUCUCCCGUUAUGCCUUCACCACAGUUGCCUGUAGGAUGCUCAACAGAGGGUCUGAGGACCAGGAAGUCACAUUUCAGAUGCAGAUCCCAGCUGCAGCUUUCAUCACUAACUUCACUGUGCUUCUUGGAGACAAGGUGUAUCAGGGAGAAAUUACAGAGAAAGAAAAGAGAAGUGGUGAUAAGGUAAAAGAGAAGAGGAAUAAAACCGUAGAAGAUAAUGGGGAGAAGGGGACGGAGACAUUCAGAGCUUCUGUGGUGCUUCCCAGCAAGGACAAGGCCGCCUUCCUCCUGAGUUACGAGGAGCUCCUGCAGAGACGGCUGGGGAAGUACGAGCACGUGGUCAGCGUGCGACCCCAGCAGCUGGUGGGGCGGCUGACGGUGGAGGUGACCGUGAUGGAGAGGCCAGGCAUCGCGGAGCUGGAGGUGCUGGGGCUGCAGAACAGCCGGCAGAGGGGCAGCGGCCGAGGGCCAGAUGAUUCUGGGCCACCUCCUUCUACUGUUAUCAACCAAAAUGAAACUUUUGCCAAAGUUGUUUUUAAGCCUACUGUGGUCCAGCAAGCCAAGAUUGCCCAGAAUGGCAUUUUGGGAGAUUUCAUCAUUAGAUAUGAUGUCAAUAGGGAACAGAGCAUUGGGGACAUCCAGGUUCUAGACGGCUAUUUUGUGCACUAUUUUGCCCCCAAAGACCUUCCGCCUUUACCCAAGAAUGUGGUGUUCGUGCUUGACAGCAGUGCCUCCAUGGUGGGAACCAAACUCCGCCAGACCAAGGAUGCCCUUUUCACAAUUUUACAUGACCUGCGACCCCAGGACCAUUUCAAUAUUGUUGGGUUUUCCAACCGGAUCAAAGUGUGGAAGGACCAUUUGGUGUCAGUUACUCCCAACAGCAUCAGAGAUGGCAAAGUCUACAUCCACCACAUGUCGCCAAGCGGAGGCACGGACAUCAAUGGGGCCCUCCAGAGGGGCAUCCAGCUGCUCAACGACUAUGUGGCCCACAACGACAUUGAGGACCGCAGUGUGUCCCUCGUGGUCUUCCUGACGGACGGGAAGCCCACCGUCGGGGAGACCCACACCCUCAAGAUCCUCAACAACACCCGGGAGGCCGCCCGGGGCCGGGUCUGCAUCUUCACUGUGGGCAUCGGGGCCGACGUGGACUUCAAGUUGCUGGAGAAGCUGUCCCUGGAGAACUGCGGACUCACGCGGCGAGUCCAUGAAGACCACGACGCCCGCGCCCAGCUCAUCGGGUUCUAUGAUGAGAUCAGGACCCCGCUCCUCUCCGACAUCCGCGUGGAUUAUCCUCGAGGCUUGGUGGAGCGUGCCACCAGGACCCUGUUCCCCAACUACUUCAACGGCUCGGAGAUCGUCAUCGCGGGGAAGCUGGUGGACAGGACAAUGGACCGGCUGCACGUGGAGGUCACGGCCAGCAACAGUAAGAAGUUUGUGGUGCUCAAGAAGGACGUGCCCGUGGAGCCCCGGAAGGUGGGGAUCGACGUCCCGCAGAGCCCCAGGCCCAGGGGGCGAGGCCAGGAGGAGCCCAACCACCUGGAGCGCCUCUGGAGCUACCUGACCCUGAAGGAGCUGCUGAGUGGCUGGCUGCAGAGCAUCGAGGAGCCGGAGAAGGAGCGGCUGAGGCAGGAGGCCCAGGCUCUGGCCGUGAACCACCACUUCCUCGCCCCUUUCACAUCCAUGACGCUGAAGUCAGCACCGCGGACAGAGACCCCAGAGGCCGCCUAUGGCAUGUCCAGCACGCCCACAGCCACUGGACCCGAAACGAUGAUGCAGAGCCUGCGGGGCACACACCUGCAGCCAGGACCUGCUGUCAAGAAACCAUACAACCCAAGGAUUAAAAUCUCCAAAACAUCAGCGGAUGGAGACCCCCACUUUGUUGUGGAUUUCCCCUUGAGCAACCUCACUGUCUGUUUCAACAUCGAUGGAGAACCCGGGCACAUCCUGAGGCUGGUCUCCGAUCACGCGGACUCUGGUGUGACGGUGAACGGAGAGUUGAUUGGGGCCCCUGCUCCUCCAAACGGCCACAAGAAGCAGCGCACCUACUUCCGAACCAUCACCAUCCUCGUCAACAAGCCGGAGAGAUCUUACCUGGAGAUCACGCCCAGCAGAGUCAUCGUGGAUGGUGGGGACAGGCUGGUCCUCCCCUGCAACCAGAGCACGAUCGUGGGGCGCCGGGGGCUGGAGGUGUCCGUGUCCGCCAAUGCCAACGUCACCGUCAGCAUCCAGGGCACCGUGGCCUUUGUCAUCCUCCUCCACCUCUACAAAAAGCCAGCCCCUUACCAGCGCAACCACCUGGGCUUCUACAUCGCCAACAGCCAAGGCCUCUCCGGCAACUGCCAUGGCCUGUUAGGUCAAUUCCUGAAGCAGGAGGCCAGACUCACAGGGCUCAGCAAGAGCCCUGCCCAUCCUCCGGUUCCCGAGGCAGGGGAGAGGUCGGAGGCCGUCCUUGAGGUUAAAGGUCACCAGGUCCCGGUGGUCUGGAAGCAGAGGAGGAUCUACAACGGGGAGGAGCAGGUGGACUGCUGGUUUGCCCGGAACAACGCUGCCAGCCUGAUCGACGGGGAGUACAAGGACUACCUGGCAGCCCAUCCUUUCGACUCCGAGACCACCUUUGGCCCCGGCCCCUCCCGGGGGCUCUGAUGGCACAGCCGGAACGCAGGAGUGCACGGCAGGGGACCCCGUGGUCUGAUUCUUGGCUGGUAGCCACCACCCUGACCUCAGCCCUAGUGGUGGGGAGGUCUGCUGUCUGCUUGAAAAGAGAGUCGGAUCAGGACCCUGAAGGGAGGGUGGGAUUUUCCCCUUUCCCCACCUCCCUCAUCUCCAGUAGAGAAAGAUGGUGGCACCAAGGGACCAGUCACAGCUAAAAGCAAGUCUCUAUCUUGUCCCAUCUGGCUUGUCCAUCUCACCGCCGACCCCAAGGUGACUGAUGAAGGAAGGUCUGGUCUCUGUUCUCUGUGGAAAUGGCCAAGUUCGGUCACUCUGCUCUGCGCCUCAUACUAAUGCUUAGGGAUCUCUCCUCCUAGUCUGGCUGCGUCCUCCAGACAUGCGGCCAACCUCUGCCUCAGGGGAGCCUUUCCCUGGGCUCAGCGCCCCCAGUAUUGCAAACAGCACACAGACUGGAUCAUUGUAAACCCCUCGGCCUGGCUUUAGCAGAGGAUUUUCUUCUGCUGUGAUGUCUUACCCUUGAAAAUUUGUUUUCAUUUAAAAAAAAAAAAAGUCAAUUCAAAAUAGAAACACUGCAUUCCAGAUAGCAACAUUCUUCUAACAGGCUCUGUAAACCCCUUGUCUUUUGCUGGUGAAAUUCUCCUAUUUAUUCCGGAAAUCUGAUAAUAAAAAGGGCGGCCCACGUGGGAGUAUUUCACUGGCCCGUCUCGGAGCUGGAGUGCCGGCCAGCUGCACGAUGAAUCUUCUACUUGGCUCUUCCAGCCUGGUCCUGCUUCCAGCCUGGUUCGAUCGAGGUCCCCAGGAGGCGAUGAGUUAGGCUCUUGCAGAACGGGGAGGAGGAGGGAUUGGAUCAGCCCAGAGCCAACCUACAGGGAUCAAACUCUCAGCAGGAAGCAUGGACAAUGGGCUUACAGAUCUAAGGGGCCCACAUCCCAGACCCUCGAGGCCAGAAGUCAGUGUGAGCGAGGGGCUGGGGACACAUGUGAUUAUGUCAGGACAGGUUACAGUCAGGGGUCGGGGGUGAUCUCAGAAGUCAGUGACGUCACCCUUCUUGCGGGAGCUGUGAAGCCUGCUAUGUCAUCAGGGGGACGGGAGGCUGGUAGUGGCCUCGGGACAUCUUUUCUUGCCCCCAGCUUGUGCUCCGCUUGGUCUUCUCUGGACCACAGAGGUCGUCCUGUAAGUCUGGCCCUAACAGCUGUCAGGGCGCACAUGGACAUGGAGAGCCCGGCAGCCAGCAGCGUGGGCGGAAAGAUUUGGGUCAGAGAAAUGGAAUAUUUUAAUGGCAGACUGAAUAGAAUAAAGGCUUUUGUGCUGGUUUCAUGGCGGUCCUGUCCAGGAGGGAGUGACUCUAGAACUUCCAUGCCAUAUGGAAGCCGGCAGCGCUUGGAGAGAAAUCAGAGUUAAGAAAAUUGUUUAUCAUCUUGGCCUUCCCGUGGGAAACAUGUGAGCAGCAACACGAGCUGCCCGUGUUUCUGCGGACCAGGCGCCUGCAGGAGGUGAGGUGGUGCCGGGGCUGAGCCGGGGGCUGCGGGCUGGGGGGGUGGUCGGUUCUGUCUCGGGGUCUCCGAGCCUCUCCACUCCGGGAGCCCACCAGACCAGAGCCGGCAGCUGUCUUAUUUUGGACUCAACUCGGCUGCCUCCUUCCAUGCCCACGGUGUGAACGCACCAGUCCAGGCCGCCAACAGCUGAUUCCAUAUUUCAGAGGGAGAGGAAGAGCGGGAGGCGGGCUGGCAGGGGCCUGGGCAGGCUCUGCAGGGUCCUUCCUGUUCCGUAGACCUCGGCCCCAGCUGGGCAGAUGACCCUGUGGCCACUGGGCCAGGAGCCAGGCUCUGUGUUCCAGGCGUGGCCUCAGCUGCAGACAAGACAAGAAGCUAUUCCUACAGGACUAGAUACUACAGUGAGGCGCCCCUCCCUUACUCACCUAUUCAGGGGGAAAAAAAAUCCAUUUUGUAAAAGUAUUAGGUUGAAAUUUCAUGUUAACGUUUUUACUUUAGACACAUCCCACUUUUCUUUCUUCUCCUCUUCCAUUGUAUAUCUUCUCUUUUUUCUUUUUUUGCAAAAAGUAUGUACCAGGAUGUUUUCUGUUUCAGCCAGAGACUGUGAGAUUUGUGGGCCCCAGACUCCACACCAAAGUUAGCCUUCAGGUUUUUUUUUUUUCUUUAAACUUGAUAGAAAAAAAUGUCAUAUUUUCUGUUGGUCACGUGUGUCGUGAAGCACAAGAUCUUUUCAAAUAAACUUAAGUCCCCUACAUACAAACGAGUUCCGUUCUGAGAGCGCGUUUGUAAGUCCAGUUUGUUCAUCAGUCCAGGUGGGUCCAGGUACCCAACUAACACAAUCGGCUAUAUAGGACUGUACUGUAAUAGAUUUAUAACGCUUUUCACUCAAAUACUACAUAAAAAACAAACACAAAAAAGAAAGCAACUAUGCUCCAAUAAAAUUAAUUUUAAAAAAUAA